AUGGUAGGAGGGAUGAAGGUAGCACCAAGUCUAAUGGAGGAAAUACAGGCGACUUUCAGUCUCAUGGAUGUGAGAAUCAUUUACGGAAUGACGGAAACUUCCACCGGAAGCUUCAUGACAGCAGCCACGGGCAAAGCACUCCCUCACGUCCGGGCCAAGAUCGUCGACAGCCAGAACUACAUACUCCCUAGGGGAUCUCGGGGCGAGCUUUGCAUAUCAGGGUAUCUUCUACAGAAGGGAUACUACAAGAACGAGGAAAAGACAGCCGAAGCUCUGGUACGUGAUGAGAAGGGCGUGGUAUGGAUCCAGACGGGCGACGAAGUAUCGGUUGAUGAAGAAGGCUACUGUCGCAUUAAGGGAAGAGUCAAAGACAUCAUUAUCCGGGGUCAGCUUGCUUGA